UAGUAGUAUCUUCUUCAGUUCUGCAGUAAUUCGAAAUCCCUAGAUUCCAGGCAUCCCAACAAGCCCAAUUAUUCCCAUCUUUGCCUACAAUGGUCUUCGUUGCGGACGACAAGAAGUCUCAUCAUGCGGUAGCUGUUACUUCUCUGGCCGACAGCCAGGAAUCGCUCCCUCACUCUGAUGAUGCCAUUUUGCCACAACCUGCCGUUGUUACGGUUGGUGGCGACGACGAUGAUGAUUACCCGGAUGGUGGCUCUGUCGCCUGGCGCCAGGUGAUUGCCGGUCAUUUCAUCAACUGCAUGGCUUGUGGGUAUGGUGCGGCUUUUGGUAUAUACCAGCUGUACUAUACCGAGUCGCUCAAACUUCCCUCAGCACAGAUCUCGUGGAUCGGUUCCGUGCAAAUCUUUCUGAAUAACGUCAUUUGUACCGUAGCUGGCCGUCUGGCUGAUGCGGGUUAUGCGCGAGAGACGGUUAUAGGUGGCUCCCUCAUCGCGCUAUUGGGCACAUUCAUGACAAGCCUCGCUACGGAGUACUGGCAGAUCUUCCUGGCUCAGGGGGUAUGUACCGGGCUUGGCCUGGGUCUCAUGUAUAUGCCGGCCAUUACGAUCGUCGCGUCGUAUUUUAAGAAGAGACGCGCACUCGCUCUGGCAAUUUCUUCCGCCGGGACCGGAACUGGCAGUAUCAUCUUUCCUGCAGCAGUCCAAUACCUCGUACCUAAGAUCGGUUUUCCUUGGGCUGUGCGAUGCGCGGGGUUUGUCGCUCUAUUCAUGGUUCUCGUCAUGAAUCUACUCCUCAAACCACGCUUGGUCCCCCGGACAUCCGGUCCCUUGGUGGAGUGGACCGCAUUUAAGGAGCCCCCUUAUGUCAUCUUCGUCGCAGGAACAUUUAUGCUCUAUUGGGCUCUGUAUUUUGGAUUCUUCUACGUCAACACAUAUGCCAUUGCGGUCGCUUCCUUCACACCUACCUCUGCCGUCUCCCUCUUACUCAUCAUGAAUGCGGUGGGUAUUCCGGCGCGACCAAUUAUUGGUUACCUCGCCGAUACCUACCUGGGUCCCAUCAAUGCAUUCAUCUUAUCAACCAUCUCCUUAGCCAUCGCUUUCUUCGCUUGGAUUGCCAUUGCGACGCCAUCUACCAUGUAUGGCUUCGUGAUCCUGUUCGGUAUUACCAACUCUAUGGCUCAGGGUGCUUUCACCGGUGCUUUGGCUAGUAUGACUAAGGAUCCCUCGAAGAUGGGUACCAGAUUUGGUAUGUGUUUCACCGUGGUGAGUGUGGCGACUGUUGCUGGACCACCAACUGCAGGUGCGAUCAUCGAUUAUUCUGGCGGAUCUUACCUUUGGGCUCAGGUCUGGGCCGGUGUGGUUACCGUGCUGGGCGCGGUCACUAUAGCCGUAGCAAGGUGGUGGGUCUCUGGCGCAAAGAUCAAUGUGAAGGUAUAGGCGGACUCGCUGGUGUGUACACUAGUAUAUGGCUGCUCUCGUGUACGAAUGGGUAACGUGAUAUGAAUACGGGCUGGGAAGUCCAUCCCUUGAUGGGUAUCCCAUCUCAUGCUUUGGCUACAAUGGUAACUGGUUUUAUGUAUAGAGGAAGACCUCAGUGGACGUUGGGUCUUCAUCUGGCUCUGAUGCCAAUAGUGAAGAGAAGAGAAAAAAAAGAAGGCAAGACAAAAAGGGAAAAGGAAUCAAAGGAUUAAAGAGUAGGAAAUGGUAUGAGCUAUGACUUUUCUUAUGUCACUUAUAUUCAUAUUUAAUUCACAUUUAAUGUAGAAUUUUUUAAUUUAGCACUUAGCAUUUAGUAGAUAGAAAGAAUUAAACUUGACA